AUGAGUAACGAAGAUGAUACUGAGAUACAAAUGAUAAUGGAUAAAAAAUCUCGCUUUAGUCGUUAUCGUACUCGAAUUCAAGAAAGAAAACAGCUUGAUAUAAUGGAGAUGAUGACAACUGAUGAUUUGAACGAAACACCGUACGUUUACUCAUAUUUUUUGUCUACUGUUUAUACUAUAACAUUUACUCUUAAUAGAGAAGAUGAAGCAUGUGUCUUUGAUCAACGGAUGGUUCUCGAUGAUAGCACAACAUCAACAUUGGAACAUGAUGAAUAUAAUCCAGCAUCAGAUUCAAUUUUAAAGGAAGCAACUAAACAACAUGCAUCGGAAAGAGAUAAUGAUAAUGACAAUAAUUAUGAAGAUGAAGUUGAUGAUUUGUAUCGAUUCUAUAAUGAUCGUAAUAAUAUACGAGAUGGUAAUGAUGGAGAUAAAGCUGAUGAUGAUGAACAUGAUGAAGAUGAAUAUGAAGAUGAAGAUGAAGAUGAAAGUGAAGGUGAAGAUGAUGGUAUUGAGGAAAGUCCGGAUUUUCAACACAACUUCUAUGACAAUUAUUUCGAAAAUGAAAGAUUACCUGAUGUUACUGAAUUGUCUGUAAUGUUAUUUUUUACUUGGAAAAGACAUAACAUAAGUGCAAAUGCUUCCAAAUGUAAUAUGACUAGAUGUCAGUCAUCGAAUUUUCCUGUACGAACUCCAACAUCAGUUGUCGUUUUUCCUUUAGCACCACAAAUGUGUUCAAUUCAUGAACGAGAAACUCUUAUCAUGCCAACUUAUGAAUUAAAUCAAUGUGACGAUUUAUCAAACUCUCAACGUGCUCAGGAAGUAGCAAGAAAAGAAAAGCAAAAUAAUCCAGCAAGAAAUAAUGUAACUCUCACGUUGAACACUGACGGAAUCCUUCUAAAACGAAUAUCUCGAUCGUUAUGGAUUACAUGUGCUUGUAUAAAUGAGUUGCCUCGAAAAAAACGUUACGAUAUCAACAAUAUCCUUAUAUGUUCUAUAUCUACUGGAGAUGAAAAACCGAAGAAAGGUGAAUAUUCAACAAUAUUACAAGAUAUUGUGAAUGAAUUAAAAUUUCUUGAACAAGUUGGUUUUGAUGUUUUACUUCCAUCAACUGUCAAAACUCAUAAUAGAACUUACACACAUUUCCAUGCUUUUACUAUUGCAGCAGUGUGUGAUAAACCCGCACAAGCAAUCAUGAUGAAUANAAGGUUAUAA